AUGGCCUUAUUAGAAGAAUUAAUUUUCGCGUCCGACCAAUUGGUUGAGUUCCAUGCGGACUUCAAGGACAAACCAAGUGCCACUUUUACGGUUUCUUUAUUAGAAGCGUUUAGCGCUGAAUUAUCCGAUCUAUGGUCCGAAUUUAAACUAGCUUACCGUCAGUUCAUGAGAACAGACGAUGAAGAGUUAAAAAGAACUUCAGUAAAUGAAGUGAAAGCCAAAUAUCGUAGUGCUUCCAAUACGUAUUUCAUAUGCGCAAGCUCCAUUUCUGAUUUUUUAAAGUCUCUUCAAACUAGUGUUUCAGAACUACCUGAAAAAGAUUCUAGUUUAAAUUCCUCUAAAAUUGAAAGCAGUGGACACAAUAUUAAGGUUCCUGCAUGCGAUACUCAAGAAUUUCACGGGAACUAUUUACAGUGGCCAUCAUUCCGCGAUAUGUUUACUGCGGUUUACAUUAAUCACUCUAAACUUAGCGAUGUUCAAAAGUUAUUUCAUUUACGCGCAAAAACCAAAGACCAAGCAUUCGACAUUGUUAAUAAGUUCGGUCUAACAGACCACAAUUUUCAACUCGCAUGGAACGCGUUGAAAGAUCAAUACGAAAAUAAACGUAUUUUGGUCAACAACCAAAUCCAAAUUUUAUUAACUCAAAAACAAAUAUUUGUAGAAUCUAGCAAAGAUAUAAAAUCACUCCAAAGUAACAUUAAUGACGCUAUAAUUGCGCUCAAAUCAUACGAAAUCAAUGUCGAUUCCUGGAAUGCGAUCCUAAUUUUUCUGUGUGCCUCUCGACUACCAGAUAAAACACUUAAUCUUUUUGAAAGUUCACUAGUAAAACCCACUGAGAUUCCCACUUGGGAACAAAUGAAUACGUUCCUAUCCAAUCGCUAUCGCGUUCUCGAAAGUGUCUCUGAAAUGAAACAGAGCACUCCGAAACCAAAUAAAACUCCCAGUAGCAAACCUAUUUCACCCAAGGUCAAACCAAUUCAAAAUUUUCACUUAAAAGUCACUCCCUCUUGUCAAGUAUGUUCCGAACAGCACCCUCUACGACUCUGUCCUAUAUUUUUAAAAAUGUCAGUCGAUGAUAGACAUAAAACUGUCCGGAAACAUAAAUUUUGUUUCAAUUGCCUUGCAAUCACUCACAAUGCACAGCAAUGUCAAAGUACAAGCACUUGCCUUCGUUGCAAAGGAAGACAUCAUACUCUGUUACAUUUUGAACGAAAAUUAUCUACAAUUAAUAAUUCUAUUCAUCAAAACACUCCACUUCAUUCAUCUCAGCGUUUUUCACCUUCAUCAUCUCAACUCGAUUCUUCUGCUUCAUCCUCACCUUUAGUUAAACUCGAUCAUCAACAUAAUAUACAGUCCACUUCAACUUCAAAUCAUAUCGUCAUGUUUUCAAAAACUUUUCGUCAAGUUUUAUUAGCAACUGCUAUAGUUAAAAUCCAUCACUUUGGAAAUGAUUUUCAUUUACGAGCUUUAAUUGAUCAAGGAUCCGAAGUGUCCUUUAUAACUGAACAUUUUCAAAAACUUAUCGGUCUACCAACCCAAUCUACUCAAGCCCGAAUAUGUGGCAUGGGUACCACUGAAACUGCUUCAUCUUCGAAGCUCUGCACUUUCACUCUUUUCUCUAAUAAUGUCAGAGAUUUUAAAAUUCAAGUUGAAGCUUUAGUUCUUAAAAAGCUGACAAGUAAUUUACCUGCGGUUUCAAUGAAUCUUACUCAAACGGAAAUUCAUUUUGAUUUUCCUUUGGCAGAUCCGCUUUUUUAUCAAAGUUCCAGCAUUGACAUGCUCAUCGGAGCUGACCUUUAUCCUCAUAUAAUCUUGGAAGGUUUGAAAAAGAAUGUUUUGAGUACUAUCAUCGCUCAGAAUACUGUUUUUGGUUGGAUACUUCUAGGGCCUUAUGAAACUGCUCCUGUUGUAUCAACUUUUUCCACUUUCGUCACCCGCAAGAACGAUUUACUAGCAAAAGUAGAUCAAAAAAUUGAAAGAUUUUGGAAACUUGAGGAGUUACCUCAAACUCCUAUACUCACUCCAUCCGAUCAACUAUGCGAAGAUUUAUAUCGCGAUACAACUUAUCGAGAUCCAUUAACGGGUCGAUUUGUCGUUAGACUCCCUUUUAAAAACCCUCCGCAAGAAUCAUUUUUGGGUGUCUCGCGUUUCAACGCAAUGCAACAAUAUAUCCGCAAUGAAAAAUCAAUGUUGGCUAAACCUGCUCUCAAAGGAGAAUACGAAAAGGUUUUAGCAGAAUAUAUCUCUUUAAAUCACAUGACACCCACUUCAUCCUAUGAAUUAUUUGAUCAAGAUAAUGUUCAAUCUUUUUAUCUUCCACAUCACGCCGUUUUAAAACCUCAAAGCACCACUACCAAAUUGCGGGUAGUAUUUAAUGCCUCAAGCCACUCUUCUAAUGGUAAGAGUUUAAAUGAUCUUUUACAUACGGGUCCUAUUCUUCAAAAUGAUAUGGUAUUCCUUCUUUUAAAUUGGCGAUUUUAUCGAUAUGUCUUUAAUGGUGACAUAGAAAAAAUGUAUCGUCAGAUACAUAUUCAUCCGGAACAUGCUCAAUUUCAACGAAUUUUAUUUCGACCAAGUCCCGAUCAAAAAAUCAAUGAUUAUCAACUCAACACUGUCACUUUUGGGGUAAAUUGUGCUCCCUAUUUAGCUAUACGCACUCUCCAUCAACUGGCUUCAGAAGUUCAAGAAAUUUAUCCUCUUGCUUCAAAAAUCUUAAAGACAGAAUUUUAUGUAGAUGAUGUGCUUUCCGGCGCUCAUGAUGUUUUGUCGGCACAAAGAAGCCAAAUCGAACUUAUCACUGCACUUCAAUCCGCUGGAUUUAAUUUACGAAAAUGGACUGCUAACCAUUCAAUGCUUUUGAAUCAUCUUCCUACAGAUCACCUUCUAAAUAAAGAUUUUUUGAAUCUCGAAGAUGAUAGUUCCACUAAGACUCUUGGAAUUAAGUGGAACGCAUCUUCCGACACUUUUUCCUUUGCUAUCAAUUCUGAAAGUUUUUUAACGACUUCUAUCACUAAACGCUCGGUAUUAUCAACAAUUUUUAAGCUUUAUGACCCUGUGGGUUGGCUUGCUCCAAUCAUUGUAAAAACAAAAAUUUUAAUGCAACAAAUUUGGAAAGAUAAAACCGGGUGGGAUCAAAAUCUUACACUUCACUCUGAACAAUAUUGGAAAUCUUUUAUCGGUGAUUUUGAGGAUACUCAAAAAAUCUCUAUUCCCCGGUGGGUAGAAUUUUCUCCUUGGAAAACUUUUCAAUUACACGGUUUCUCUGAUGCCUCGGAGAAGGCUUAUGCCGCUGCAGUUUAUAUUCGCGUACAGCACACUCCCUUACACUCUUCUUCACAUUUAUUAUGGGCAAAAUCAAAAAUUGCACCUGUGAAGACCAUUUCACUUCCUCGUUUAGAACUUCAAGGGGCAUUACUUUUAUCGCGAAUGAUCCAUUCACUCCUCAAUCAGUUCGAUUAUUUGAAUAAUAUCCCCAUUAAAUUAUGGACGGACUCAACCAUCGUUUUAGCUUGGUUAGACAAGUCACCAAGUUCUUGGAAAACCUUUGUCGCUACCAGGACUUCAGAAAUUUUAUCAAAUGUUCCAGAUAUAAAUUGGAAUCAUGUUUCAUCUUCUUAUAACCCCGCCGAUCUGGCUACUCGCGGUGUGUCCCCAACAGAGUUACGGGUAAGCGAUUUAUGGUGGAAUGGCCCAUUAUGGUUAGCGAAACAAGAAGAAAAGUGGCCGUCCCCUGAAUAUUCUCAUCCAUCAGAUGAUUCUAUUCCUGAACGUAAAUCAAUCAAAGUAAAUGUUGCACUUUUAUCUAACGACUUCGAAAAUGAAAUUUUAUGUCGAUUCUCCUCUUGGGAUAAAGCUGUUAGGGUAUGUAGGUGGAAUACACUUAAAGCCAUACAUCAUCAAUUCAGUAUACGCUGGAAAGAAGAGUACUUAAAAGAGUUAAUCAAACGUUAUAAAUGGCAAUAUCCGCAAAGAGAUAUGGAAGUCGGGGAUCUAGUUGUUCUUAGAGAUGAACAAUUACCUCCUAAUGAGUGGCGACUUGGAAGAGUCCUUGAAGUCCACCGUGGACCCGAUAAUAGAGUCCGCGUUGUCGACGUCAAGACUCAGAAAGGAGUUGUCAGGCGUUCUAUCGUCAAGUUAUGCAUUCUACCUUCGGAUUGA